UGACGUUUGGACGCUUUUUGUAUGUGAAGAGGGUCAAUGCUGUGGUAUCUGCGGAGGCUGCUGCUAUGCAGUCCGUCCGGAGACACACUUCUAUUCCCGUGCCCCGUCCUUGGUGCACAUUUCGAUGGGGCGGGGAUGCUUUCCUUGUCAUGCAAAAGGUUUCUGGUGCCCCUCUCUACGCUUCGUUGUGGGAUACAUUCACUGAGGAGGAGAAGUACAAAGUUGUGGAGCAGCUGCGGGGGUUUGUGCAGCAGAUACGUGCCAUUCCCCCACGGCCUGGUGCCGUCAUCGGGCCGGUCCUAGAUGGCGCGCAGAGUAGCGAUCACAGACUCUGUGGCGUUCCGCACGGCCCUUACUUGAACGAGGAUCAGAUGAACCACCAACUUCGAAUGGGACUCCCUCUCCAUCGUUUCCCGUCCAUGGUCAUCGAAUCGCAUUCCCGGCAGCAUCCUCUCGUCUUCACUCACGGAGACAUCGCCAUGCGGAACAUGAUGUUGGAGGGCAGGCGAGUGGUAGUGUUGAUCGACUGGGAGGGUGCAGGUUGGUAUCCGGCACAUUGGGAAUAU